UCGCAGAGCGGGCCGACUUCCGGGAAGGAAGUGACCAGCGACUGAGCGGCAGCCGGCGCGUUUAGCGCCCUGAACAUGCGUCAGUCCCUGCGGGCGACCCCAGGCUCCGGACAGGCAGCGGCGGAGGCGGCGGCUCCGGAGGGAAGGAGGCGGCGGCGCCGGCGGAGGUGGCGGCGGAAACGGCCGGCGCCUGGCGCGGAGCCCUAGGGAGGCUGUUCAGCGCGGCCUCGGGCCUGGUCGAGAGGGAUGCUGUCCCGACAGAAAACCAAAAACGAAGUGUCCAAGCCGGCCGAGGUGCAGGGGAAGUACGUGAAGAAGGAGAUGUCGCCUCUGCUUCGGAAUCUUAUGCCUUCAUUCAUCCAGCAUGGUCCAAAAAUUCCAGGACGAACUGAUAUCUGUCUUCCAGAUUCAAGCCCUAAUGCCUUUUCAACUUCUGGAGAUGGAGUAGUUUCAAGAAACCAGAGUUUCCUUAGAACUCCAAUUCAAAGAACACCUCAUGAAAUAAUGAGAAGAGAAAGCAACAGAUUAUCUGCACCUUCUUAUCUUGCCAGAAGUCUAGCAGAUGUCCCUAGAGAGUAUGGUUCUUCUCAGUCAUUUGUAACGGAAGUUAGUUUUGCUGUUGAAAAUGGAGACUCUGGUUCCCGAUAUUAUUAUUCAGACAAUUUUGUUGAUGGUCAGAGAAAGCGGCCACUUGGAGAUCGUGCACAUGAAGACUACAGAUAUUAUGAAUACAACCAUGAUCUCUUCCAAAGAAUGCCACAGAAUCAGGGGAGGCAUGCUUCAGAAAUUGUGAGCAUAUCAGCAUCAAGUACCACUGGUGUGGCAAUGCACACUUCAACCUCUUCUUCAGUCACAAAGAGUUACAUCUCAUCACAGACAAAUGGGAUAACACUCAUUAAUUGGUGGGCGAUGGCUCGUGUUAUUUUUGAGGUGAUGCUUGUUGUUGUUGGAAUGAUCAUCUUAAUUUCUUACUGUAUUCGAUGACUGAUAAAGGUGGUGUUAUUGGUAACAAUUUGCUCUGACAAUAGCAAAUAAAGGAAAUUUUAGACCUGUAUUAUUCAACUGGAUAAAACUGAAGGUGCAGAAGUGAUUUCAAAUAUUGCCAACCAGGUGAAAAUUAUUUCCAUUCUCAGCUGAACGCUAUUACCUUUAAAUCAGAAGUAAUCAGUUUAAUGUAAGUCUUACCUAAGUCUAUUAAACUUUUUCUAGGCCUAACAAAGCAUAAAAAUGCUGUAUAUUUUAAUGUCCUCAGAUUAAAGUACCCCCAUCUCUGAAUAUUUUGAAAUUUUAAAAAGAAAUCACUAAAAGGUGACCAGCAGAAUUUAUUCUUACUAAAAAGAAUGGAUGAGAUUGCAUGGAAUAUAGUAACAGCCCCACAGCUUGUCUCCCUGUCUCUACUCUUGUUUUUUGUAUUCCCUCCUUCACAGAGCAAUUUUUUCAAACUAUCAAUUAGAUCAUGUAUUUCUCCUACUUAAAAUCUCCAGUAGGUUUUUCACUGCACCAGAAUAAAAUCACCACUUGUUAGCAUGCUCUCUGAAGUUCUGACCUGUCCACAUGCUCAGCUCACCUGGCCUGCCCCCCUCAACCCUCUCCCACUCUCUCCUGUCAUUAGGUUGCAACCACUGAACUUUUCCCCAAAACUCCAACAUACUAAGCUUGCUCCUUUCUUAGGAACUUUGUUCUAAUUUUUUCUCCUUUUUUUGCUUCAUAUCUUUGCUUGACUGCCUCCAUAUUAUUCCUGUCUCACACCUUCAAGGAAAAUUCUGAUGACUGUAUUUUUUAUCUGCUUUGUUUACGAUGUAUCCUCAGAGCCCAGAAUAAUGGCUAGAACACAAGAAAACUCAGUAAAAUUUCAUUGAAUGAAAUAGGUCUUCCCUGCCUACGCAAGGCAAAGCAGCUUGUAGUCUUCUUCCCUCCUUCCCAUUAAUUUCUCUUUCAUUUUCUUCCUGUGUUUUUUUCAUAGCACUCAGCUCCCAGGAGUAGCCUCUUUAUUUGUAUAACUGGUUAUUGGCAAGUCUCAAUUCAGUAGGGUAAAAAAAAUUAAUUCUUUAAAUUUGCUUAUAUUGCAUGGAAUAUACUUUUCCUAUUUCUUAUUCCUAUUCCCUAGAAACAUCUUGGGGAGAUAGGCAACUUUCUGGUCGUUUUUGUUUUUAAAAUUUCAAAACAUCAAUCUUAUAUGUAAAUGAAAGCUAUACAGCUACUUUCUUUUCUCUAGGUUUUCUUGCCUCUGGGAUUGGGAUUAGAGGAAAAAAGCAAAGAAAGGACAUUUUUUUACUUCACUGUUCAUGGUGCAAUUGUGUGCCUGACGGCUGUAGCUACUAACUUGGCUUACGUUGACUGGCCACUAAGGGACUCUAGGAGUCAGAAUACAAAUGCUGAGUCUCUCAAAGACGUAGAGAGAAUUUCAGAGGGCCUUACCAUGACACGGGGAUUAAACUCCAGUUCUGCCCAAUUCUCAUCACGAAAUCCUUAUCCCAUGCCUCAUUGUGUUUGGUAUCCCCUUGCCUAGUGGAGAGUCCUCCUGGGUAAAAUCAGCAAGAUAACUCUUCAGUCACAUUCCAUUUGAUCCUUUGAAUACUCUGGGGUCCUUACCCACCAAAUGGAUGGAAUUCAGCUGCUCAAUCACUGCCUUUCUCAGAACUCGGUUGUCCAACCACAAUUCCCUUUCCCUUACUCAAAUAGGGAUAGGGCUAUAUUGGCAAAAUGCCGCCCGAACAGACUGCUGACAGUAAACCAAAUGUUAGUUUCUCUCAUCUUCUUGAAGGCAUUUACAGUCUUUGUAAGCUUUUCUCCUAGAUUUUCCCUUUCCUGUUCCUGCUUAGAUUCUAAGAAUGAAGUGCAUCCUUCUCCUUUUCUUCAUCAGGUGAAUGGGAUUUACCCAUUACCAUAUAUUCACCACCAGGUCACUGACAAGAGACUCCAGUGAAUCUCUUUCCCUCUGCAUUCCUCUCCUUGUACAGACUAGAGGGUCACAUUGUGUAAAGCCUAACAUAGCCCUGCAAAGAGAUCUGGCCCCCGCAGUGAGCACAAGCUCAGUAAUUCUUUUUAGAGUGAGGUGGUAAUCAGUGCCUCUUGGUUUCAGCCAUGGUCCUAGUGGCUAAUUAUGGAAGAAUAGGAAUAGUUUCACAACAUCCUGUAACAUUGGCUUACCUGUAUAUUGUAUGCCACCCAUAACCAUAAAGACACCAGGAUUUAGGUUCCUUGAAGGUCAUGACUAUGGGUCCCUCUCUGUGGAAGAAUACUGAAUAGAAGAGAGAAAUCACUCAAUAUGUGGAAUGACUAAUAUGGUUUGGCUGUGUUUCCACUCAAAUCUCAUCUUGAAUUGUAGUUCCAAUAAUCCCCACAUGUCAUGGGAGGAACCCAGUGGGAAGUACUUGAAUCAUUGCGGUGGUUUCCCCUGUGCUAUUCUCAUGAUAGUGAGUAAAUUCUCACAUAAUCUGAUAGUUUUAUAAUGGAGCUUCCCCCUUCACUCAGCUCUCAUUCUUCUCCUUCCUGCCACUAUGUAAGAAAGAUGUGUUUGUUUCCCCUUUGGUCAUGAUUGUAAGUAUCCUGAGACCUUCCCAGCCAUGCAAAACUGUAGAUAAAUAAAACCUCUUUCCUUUAUAAAUUACACAGUCUUGGGCAGUUUUUUAUAGCAGCAUAAGAACAGACUAAUACAGUAAGUUACGACUAGAGGUGGGGUGCUGCUAUAAGGUUACCUAAAAUUGCAGAAGUGACUUUGGAACUGGAUAACAGAAAGCCUGUGAAAGCAGCCGAGAGGGGGGUUGCACCAUGCAAAGCCACAGGAGCGGAGCUUCCCAAGACUGUGGGAGCCCACCUCUUGCAACAGCAUUACCUGGAUGUGAGACAUGGAGUCAAAAGAGAUUAUUAAGAUGCUUUAAGAUUUAAUUACUGCCCCACUGGAUUUCAGACUUGCAUGGGCCUGUAGCCCCUGUUUUUGGCCAAUUUCUCCUAUUUAGAAUGGGUGUGUUUACCCAUUGCCUAUACCCUCAUUGUAUCUAGGAAGUAACUAACUUGCUUUUGAUUUUACAGGCUCAUAGGUGGAAGGGACUUGCCUUGUCUCAGAUGAGACUUUGGACUUGGACUUUUGAGUUAAUGCUGGAAUGAGUUAAGACUUUGGGGGACUGUUUGGAAGGCAUGAUUGUGUUUUGAAAUGUGAGGACAUGAGAUUUGGGAGGGGUCAGGGGCAUAGUGAUGUGGUUUGGCUGUGUCCCCACCCAAAUCUCAUCUUGAAUUGUAGUUCCCACAAUCCCCACGUGUUGUGGGAGGAAUGUAGUGGGAGGUAAUUGAAUCAUUGUGGCGGUUUCCCCCAUGCUAUUUUCAUGAUAGUGAGCAAAUUCUCAUGAGAUCUGAUGGUUUUAUAAGGGGCUUCCCCAUUUACUUCUGCCAUCAUGUGAAAAAGGAUGUGUUUGCUUCCCCUUCUGCCACGAUUGUAAGUUUCCUGAAACCUUCUCAGCCACGCAGAAUUGUGAGUCAAUUAAACUUCUUUCCUUUAUAAAUUA